CGAACCGUCGCGGCGGCGGCAGCCGAACCGGCGCGGACCCAAUCGAUGGCUUCGCGCCCGACAUGUUGCCCCCGCCCAACCUUCGGACCGAGGCGGACUUCGCCAGGCUCGAGCAGGAACUCACCGCGAUGCGCGAGGAGCUCGCGGCGUUGACUAAGGACCGUGACGAGCGCCGAGCUCGUUUGCUCCGCGCUGUUCAGGAGGACAUCGAAUCAACCGUCGCGGACACGUUCGAGUCCGCGCGGUUCGCGGAGGGGUUACGCGCCGCCGCGGGACGCGUCACCGGCGGCGCGCCGGUGCGCGUCGAAACGUCCGUCGAACGCGAUGGAUCGAUGGCGAAUGGCGCGUCUCACGCGUUGGUUUUGACAGGGGGGCCCGCUCGCGCCGCGGCUGUGCUCGACACGCCGCCGCUGUUCGUCGCGAGCCUCGGGGACGACGCGAGGGGGAUGCUUGGCACGACGUUCGGGGGACCCGCGGGGUGGCUCAAGGACGCGGAGUCGUCGUCGUACGUCAUCAAGGCGUGAGCGAGUACCGGGUAGCGCCGCGAGUUUUCGUUGAGAUUUUUUCGUG